AUGAAAAGACCAUCUACAGCUGGGGUGCCAAAACAUAGUCAAUCACCUAAGGCGUUCAAGUUGAAUUCAAAAUUAUCGGAAGAAAAUCUGCAAUAGAAACAAUUCCAGCUAUCUAAAACAUUAUCCAAAUUGCAAUUCGAAUAGAGAAAUCUCCAAUAGCAGGUGAAUUACAUUGAACAAGAGAAAUAGAAAUCAAAAAUCACCUAAGAUGAAAAAUCAGGAAAUUAAAGUUGGCUGGGAAUAAAACUGAAAAUCUAAAUUAAUUAACUUAAUUCACAAAUUGAAGAGAAGCAAAGUCAAAUCAAAUAGUUGUAGAAGAAUCCUAAUUUCACUCGAGCCUCAGAGCAAAACAUCCUUAUAGAAUAUCUAAAUUAUUGCUCUUCAUUAUUAAAACAGGAAUAAAAUCUGAUGCCAAAUGAGGUGGAAGAUCUCAAAGUGGAGAUCCAGGAAUUGGAAAUAACCAAGAAAUUAUUGGAAGAACAAAGUGAGAAUCUUUCAAUUCAAAAAAGUUUGCUUGAAAAAAAGAUUUCACAAUAAUAUUUGGAUUUAGAUUAGACAAAGAAUGAAAUGAAGGAGAAGGAAAGAGAUCUCCGUUACUUAAAAAAGGAAAUGAUCAAGUUUGAAGAAAAAUAAAAAGAAACACAACAAAAUCAAAAAGUAACAGUUAAGAAAAAGGAAGUUAUUGAUAUUGAUGAUAAAAAAGCAGAAAUCAUAGAGAAGGAUUAACAAAUUAGUUAGUAAGAGUAGAUAAUUAAUUAAUUGAAAGAAAAGUUGUAGGAGAGAACUAAUUAUGAAUUGAGAAGUAAAAAUGCAUUGAUAGAUGAACUCCAAGGAUUGAAUCAAUAAGUGUAACAGAUGAGAGAAGAACUGAAGGAAUUGAACGAGUAUUAUUUGGCGGAAAUUCAACCCUUAGAAACUGAAUCCUUGCCUAUCAUAUAGGGUAACAGAGAUCACACAUUCACUAUUUUGCAUGAUGUCUACAAUAAACAAGAGAAGAAAUUCCCAAAAGCACCUAGAGUUAGAUAUGAAUAAGUGCAAGACAUGGGAAAGGAGUUGAGUUUACGAUUGUAACUCAAAUAGAUUACAGUAAGUGAAGCCUGUGCUAUCCUAAUUUAAAAUGCUACAAAUAAUGCCAUCAGUGUAGAAUAAUUGCAAGAGUAAUUACUCUAAGAACCAUUUACUAUGGCUGAUCCUAAUGAAGCCAAAAUAAUAGCUAGAUACAUUGUGGAAGAUGUAAAUGACGAAAUUGUUAGUUUGGAUCCACAGGCUACAGUUAAAUUACCUGUUGUGAAAUCCGUUUUUAGACAUCUUCUUAAUUGCUAUGAUUUAUUAACUUAAGAACAGGAUAAACAAUUAUGGGAAGAAGUGAGUGUAAUUGUUAAUAAGUAUGAAACUGCUUUGAGGAGUCAAUUCGAUUUGUUAAACAAACAAUAACAUGGAUUCAUGAAACCUAAGGAUUUGUUUUAUUGUUUAGAUUAAUUAUUUUUAGAUCUGACAGACGUUCAAAAGGAAUAUGUGUUAUUGAGACUCUUUGCCUACACCAAUAACAUAAAUAAAAUUAUGCAUAUGAAGAUUUUUGAUGUCUUUAAAGCAGGGUCCUAUAUCGAUAGAGUUUCAAAGGAUACUAGAAAGAAGAAGAAACAAAGACAAACUGCCAAGAAAAUAGAAAUUCAAAAGCAGGAUAUUGAUGAUUUUGAUUGA